GAAAUUGCAAAAAUGAGGGCAGCUCGCCGCUUGUGGGCUCAUAUGGUUCAAGAACAUUUUAAUCCAAAAAACCAAAAAUCAUUAAUGUUACGUACACAUUGUCAAACAUCCGGUUGGUCACUUACUGAACAGGAUCCAUAUAAUAAUAUUAUAAGAACUACUAUAGAAGCAAUGGCCGCCACAUUAGGAGGGACACAAUCCCUUCAUACGAAUUCAUUUGAUGAAGCAGUAGGUCUUCCGACAGAAACCUCAGCUAGAAUUGCUCGAAAUACACAACUUAUUCUCCAGGAAGAAGCUUUUAUUCCGAAAGUUGCAGAUCCUUGGGGAGGUAGUUAUAUGAUGGAAAGUUUGACAGAUGAGAUUUAUUAUGCUGCAAGAGAAGUUGUGGAAGAAAUAGAGAAAAUGGGUGGUAUGGCAAAAGCUGUUGCAAGUGGUAUGCCAAAGCUAAGAAUUGAAGAAAGUGCAGCCCGAAGACAAGCCAGAAUUGAUUCUGGUCAAGAGACAAUUGUUGGAGUAAACAAAUACCGUCUUGACACUGAGACAGAAAUUGAGGUCCGUACUAUUGACAACACUAAAGUAAGAGAAGAGCAAAUUAACCGCAUAAACGAUGUCAAGUCGGCGAGAGACGAGGCUCGAGCGCAAAAUGCAUUAAACGCUCUAGAAGAAUGUGCAAGAACGGAAAAUGGCAAUUUACUGGAAUUAGCUAUUGAGGCAUCAAAGGUACGAUGUACUGUGGGUGAAAUAUCAUAUGCACUUGAAAAAGUAUGGGGGCGUCAUGAACCAACGAGUCGUGUUGCUAGUGGUGCUUACAAAUCUGCUUAUGGAACUGCGGAAGAAACAGAAGAAACAAUUAAAUUAGUAGAGCAAACGAAAGAAAAAUUGGGUGUUAACCCAAGAAUUUUGGUGGCAAAAUGUGGUCAAGAUGGACAUGAUCGAGGGGCCAAGGUGAUUGCUUCAGCAUUCAGUGAUUUUGGAUUUGAUGUCGAUUUAUCUCCAUUAUUCAGUACACCUGAAGAAGUAGUACGUCAAGCCAUUGACAAUGACGUCCAUGUGAUUGGAGUUUCUUCACAGGCUGCUGGACAUAAGACACUGAUACCGGCACUUAUAAAUGAGCUUAAGAGGCUUGGUGUAAAUGACAAAGUUGUGGUAGUUGGGGGUGUUAUUCCACCUCAAGAUUAUAAGUUCUUAUACGAUGCAGGUGUCAGUUCAAUAUUUGGACCUGGUACUAAAAUUCCCGAUGCUGCUAAGGAAGUUGUUUUAAAAAUUCAACAAAACAUAAAAGAUGAUUCUUUACCAUCCGAAAA